AUGCGUCAACAAACCUUAUUCGAUUCGUUUGAAUCAGCUAAAAAAAAUGCUGUUGGCCGAGAAAGAAAACGCUCUCGAGACGACGACGAAUUGGUUGAAUCGUCAUUGGGGUUCUCAGGCAAAAUGGAAAGCUCUCCGACAGAGCAAGUAGUUCCACCGCAUUUUUUUUUAUUAUGUGGGACCGAGUACAACAAGAAGGUGGGUUGUCUUUGGAGGGAACGGGAAGAACGAAUCCGCUUUUUGCAGCAUCAGAACACUCAAACGAACUUGCAAUGGAGCCACUUUCAUCGUAACGAAGAUGAAAAUGCAGGAGAAAAUAGUAUUAUAUCUCCUGCAUUUGCCCAGAAUGUUUACAAAAAUUCAAUCAUUGACAUUUCGACGGAUAGCAGUGGACAAGUUUUCUUUGCACUACAGCGCUCAGGCUUUAAUCUUCUUUCAUCUAGUUUUGUUCAUGACGACUCUGAGUCAUCAAUAUCGAAGAGCCUGAUUCUGCGCUUGGACAGCAAUAUCAUAUGCGAGCAUAGACAAACACAUCAACGUCGUCCGUUUAUUUUUUCCUGCUCACAGUUUAUGGGAAACUCACUUUUUCUUGCAUGUGGAUACUCUGGAACUUCGAUACUCGAAAUAUUUGAUUUAGAGGAUGUUGAUGAAACCACAUGUGAUCCGGUUUGUAGCUUUCGCCUCAAUGAAAUCCAAAGGAGUCAAGAAGUUAAUAAUUUGUUCCUUGAAGAAGAUACACCAUUUGCAACUGACAUUGUUUCGUUGUCAGACAAUUUGUCAGCUUCAGGGUUGUCGAACGGGGAAUCUGCAUGGAUUGAUUUACGGCAAAAGGUAGUAAUUCAAUGCACACCACGCAUAGGAACUCGCUCGAAGGCCCCAGGUCUUUUGGAUAUGCGGUCGGUUCUACAAAGACCUUCUUCUCUUUCAUCCAUAGUAUUUUCCUCGUCGAAUUCCAGCCUUUUAAUUACAGGAGCAAAAGACGGUAGAGUUUCUCUGUGGGAUGUUAGAUAUUCCAAAGAUUUUAUUGCGUCGUACCGUAGUGGAUCAGAAAUAGGGAGAUUGUGGACUUACACUGGAAAUGGAAAGAGAAUGGGUUGUCCACAAAUUUGGUUUAACAAUUACAGAGGAAAUAUCGUUGGGCUAGCUGUAGGCAGUGACUCCUUUUCGGAGAUAUUUUCUCUUAAAACGGAAGAUUCUAUGCGUGACGAUUUUUCCAACAACAUUGCAACGCCAAAGCUUGCACUUUCCGAUGAGGGCCUUGUAUUUUAUCCUCAUAUCUCUAAAAAUUGUAUUUUGGCCCUUGAUAUAGAGUUUGGCAUUCGAGGAUUCUUUAACGAGGAGAUAGAACCUGCAUCUUUAGAAAAACCCGUAUCAUAUCUAGCCGACAUAAGCCAGAAUGUCAAUUCACAUUUUGUGGACAACUCAUGUAUCAACCUUCAUAAUAUUGUGGGCAGCAAAGCCUUGAGGGCCACUUUUUCGUUCUCAGAUACCUCUGGUCAAAUUUCAGCGUGCUCUGUUAUCGGUGACCAAUUAUUUUUGCUGGCUGGAGGUUCUGUUGGUGGUUUAUGUUUGAUUCAAAAAGGUCAUACACAUUAG